AUGGGUGUCAUCACGUGUACAGAUGAGUACACUUCCCCAAUCCCUCCAGCCAGGUUGUUCAAGGCCUUGGUCCUUGAUGCUCACAACCUUGUCCCAAACCUCAUGCCUCAGGCUGUUAAGAGCAUUGACACCCUCCAAGGUGAUGGAAGGGCAGGAAGCAUUAAGCAAAUCAACUUCGCCGAAGGUAGCCAACUAAAAUCUGUGAAAAACCGUGUUGAUCAGGUGGAUGAAGAGAACUUUGUAUAUGGCUACACUUUGAUUGAAGGAGAUGCAUUAGUAAUGGAGAAACUUGAAUACGUUUCUUAUGAGGUUAAGUUUGAGGCUGCAGAAGAUGGUGGUAGUAAGAACAAGAUGGUGAGCAAGUACCACACCAAGGGUGACUUUGUGCUGCAAGAGGAAGAUAUAAAAGCUGGCAGGGAAAAGGCAUUGGGGAUGUACAAAGUCGUAGAAGCCUACCUCCUCCACAACCCUGAUGCCUAUGCUUAAAGCCUUAAACUUUAUGUACAAAGAG